AUGGACGCGUAUGUCGCUCGACAAGAGUUGUCCGAUCCUUCUGCGUCGAUAUCUGCGAUGGGGAUAACAGAGGAUAGCCAGCUGAUCUACGCUGCGGGACUUGCAAGAUCCUCAGACUAUGUGUAUUUGAUCCAGCCUGCUCUCCAAUCGAAGGUCGAAGCUGCGGUGUUUCAGAUUGAGGAUGCGGAUGGCGACUACGUUGGCAUGGGGGUGUACUACAGCCCCACUCGAGCGGUGGCUUGUGCGCACAUCUUCACUUCGAUACACGGCGAUAUGGUGACGAUGGUUUGCGGGGAGGAGCGUGUCGCCGUCAAGGUGAAACUGCGUAAUGAAGGCAAUGAUUUCGCCAUUCUGGAGUCCUCGAGCCCAAGGCCCUUCAUUUCGAUAUGGAAGGGAAAUCUUCGUGAACUGCGAGGUAUUGCGCUUGUAUUGGUAUCGUACGGACCCGGCAUUGAUAAUUACCAACGCAUGUUCGAGAACGAGCUCGCAUUUUCUGCUGCCUCCUGUGUGGAAGUGUCGAGGUUCAAGACGCACGUCACGUACUCGUGUCCAGCUCUCAAAGGAAAAUCUGGAGCGGCGCUUGUUCUGGCGAAUGGGGAGGACGUGCAACUACAUGUAGUUGGGAUACACCAAAUGUCGAUCAAUGCUGUCGCUCGCUCGGCUCUUUUGUUGCAAAAUCUAACGGGUUGA